AUGAGGGAUCCAGAGGCGGUGCAGUCUGUUCUGACUGCGUCAGGACGCUUUCCGCUGAAUCUGAAUUCUGAUUCUCUUCGUCGGUUUGGACCUCUAUCAACCCAGCCAUUCUGCGGUGAUCCUGAGGGCUGGGGCCCUGUGAGCUCCCUCCGAUGGGAUCUAACGCCCUGCUUUCUUGACAUCUGGAUCGUGGGCGUCGCUCUUUGGGGUGUGCUGUUUGGUGCCGGAGCUUUGUGGUAUUUGUUCACAAAACGGAUUGCGCAGGAUGUUCCCAAAAAUUGGCAUUUCUAUGCAAAGCUAACCAUACUUGUUGUCAUCAUCCUUACCACUGCCCUCCAGGCCUCUCUGCAGAUCGAACAAUUACCGGGACUAUGGUUUCGAGACGUCCGAUUCUACACGUCAAUCGCCACCAUUAUCUCACUUCUGUUCAUCUUCGCUGUACAAUACUACGAGCAUCGGCGGUCGCGGAAUCCAAAUGGCGUUGUGCUGUUUUACUGGGUCUUCUUCAUUCUGGCUCACGCUGUGAAGCUGCGUUCGCUGGUGGCGAGAGAAUCAUACAAGGACCGCCUGCCGUACUUCAUCACGUUCAAUGUCAGUCUUGGAUUUGCAGUACUGGAGUUCAUUCUUGAAUACCUGGUUCCAAAGAAACAAAGCGUUUAUGAUGCGUUAGGAGCAGAUGAUGAAUGCCCAUACGAGUAUGCCGACAUCUUCUCGGUUCUCACCUUUGGCUGGAUGACUCCCUUGAUGAAAUUUGGCUACAAAACCUUUCUCACCCAAGAUGAUUUGUGGAAUCUGCGGAAUCGAGAUACUACCAAGGUCACGGGAGAUUUAUUGCAGAAAGCUUGGGCAAUCGAGCUGGAGAAAAAGAAGCCAAACCUUUGGAUAGCCCUAGCCAGAGCAUUUGGAGGCCCCUAUCUGCGCGGAGCGUUGAUAAAAUCUAUCAGCGAUUGUUUGGCAUUUGUCCAGCCGCAAUUGCUUCGACUUUUGAUUACUUUCGUCGAUUCCCAUCGACCAGGCCGCGAACGACAACCAGCAAUCCGGGGAGUAGCCAUUGCUCUGGCCAUGUUUGCGACUUCAAUCUGCCAGACAGCUGCGCUGCAUCAAUACUUUCAGCGCGCUUUCGAGACUGGUAUGCGAAUCAAGUCCUCAUUGACUGCGAUGAUCUAUUCAAAGUCGUUGCGAUUGUCAAACGAGUCCCGAGCUACAAAAUCCACCGGCGACAUUGUUACAUACAUGAGCGUUGACCAGCAACGUCUCGCUGAUCUUGCUCAAUGGGGCCAGCAGUUAUGGUCCGCACCAUUCCAAAUCACGCUCUGCAUGAUUUCGCUCUACCAGUUGGUGGGAGUUUCGUGCUUGGCGGGAGUUGCUGCCAUGGUCGUCAUGAUUCCUAUCAAUGGCUUUAUCGCUAGAUUCAUGAAGAAGCUGCAGCUAUCCCAAAUGAAGUACAAGGACCGCCGCUCCCGGCUCAUGACCGAGAUUCUGAAUAACAUGAAGGCCAUCAAGCUCUACGCAUGGGGCUCGGCAUUCAUGGACAAAUUGAGUCAUGUCCGCAACGAUCUCGAGUUAAACAACCUUCGCAAAAUUGGCGCAGCACAAUCGUUCGCGACCUUCACCUGGUCCUCGACCCCUUUUUUUGUGUCGUGUUCGACCUUUGCGGUUUUCGUCUUGGUCAACAACAGACCUUUGACAACGGACUUAGUGUUUCCAGCCUUGACCUUGUUCAACCUAUUGACCUUUCCUCUCACAGUCCUCCCGAUGGUCAUCACGAGCAUCAUCGAAGCAUCGGUGGCCGUGGGUAGAUUGACUGCAUUCUUCACUACGGACGAGCUUCAGGAUGACGCAGUGAGAUUCAUUGACGAGGCCCCAAAACAGGCCGGGGACGCGUCUGUUUCUAUCAAGGACGCCACUUUUACCUGGGACAAGAAUUCAGGCAAGAAUGUCCUCCAGAAUAUCAACUUCAAUGCCAAUAAAGGAGAACUCACCUGCAUUGUUGGCCGAGUGGGGGCUGGAAAGUCUUCAUUAUUGCAAGCUAUGCUCGGGGAUCUUUACAAAAUCAGUGGCGAGACGGUUGUUCGAGGUCGGAUUGCUUAUGCAGCGCAGUCGGCCUGGAUCAUGAAUGCCAGUGUCAAGGAGAACAUCGUCUUCGGGCAUCGAUGGGAUCCUCACUUCUACGAGCAGACGGUCAAUGCUUGUGCUCUAGUUGACGAUUUCAGACAACUUCCGGAUGGAGAUCAAACAGAAGUAGGAGAACGUGGCAUAUCCCUGUCUGGAGGCCAAAAAGCUCGACUUUCCCUAGCACGGGCGGUGUACGCAAGGGCAGAUGUCUAUCUUAUGGACGACGUUCUCUCCGCGGUUGAUCAACAUGUCGGACGUCAUUUAAUUAAUAAUGUCCUUGGUCCUAACGGACUUCUAAGUGGCAAAGCGAGGGUCCUCGCCACUAACGCAAUCACUGUCUUGAAGGAGGCAGACUAUAUGUACCUGCUCCGCGAGGGCACGAUCCUUGAAAGGGGAACAUACCAACAACUCAUGGCCAUGCGAGGUGAAGUUGCCACACUCAUCAAAUCCGCUACCAGAGAAGAAGAGGAAUCCGAAGGAGAACGCAGCCCAAGCAUCGAGGGCAUGGAGUCCGAUGACUCGACAACCAUUGUCGGCGCCAAUGGCGGUAGCCUUCAAGACGAACUUGAUGACGAGGAAGUUGAAGAGUCGCAACAAGAAGUCGGGGGAUUGGUGCCUAUCCACGCCGGACCCAGCGGACCCUCAAAAGCCCGCAAAUCCAGCUUUAACACUCUCCGUCGCGCCUCGACAACCAGUUUCCACGGACCUAUGGGCCGCGUUACAGACGAAGAACACGGCGGUGCACAACUGAAAAGCAAACAGACCAAAGAAACUGCCGAACAAGGUAAGGUGAAAUGGUCAGUCUACACAAGCUACGCAAAGGAGAGCAACCUCGUCGCUGUGGGGAUAUAUUUCCUGGCCCUUUUGGCGGCUCAAACAGCACAGGUCGGAGGUAACUUCUGGCUGAAGAAGUGGUCCGAGAUCAACGAGUUGUACGGCUCGAAUCCCCAGGUCGGGAAGUACAUUGGCAUUUACUUUGCGUUUGGCAUUGGCGGUGCUGGGCUGGUUGUCAUUCAGACAUUGCUUCUCUGGAUUUUCUGCUCGAUAGAGGCUUCGAGAAAGUUACAUGAUCGCAUGGCAUACGCAAUAUUCCGGUCACCAAUGAGCUUCUUUGACACCACCCCAGUGGGACGCAUCCUGAACCGCUUCUCAAGUGACAUCUAUCGCGUCGACGAAGUUAUCGCACGCACCUUCAACAUGCUCUUUGUCAAUACCGGCCGCGCACUUUUCACAAUCGGCGUCAUCGCUGCCUCGACGCCGAUUUUCCUCGUGCUAGCGGUGCCUCUCGGCUUCGUCUACAUCAUGUACCAGAAAUACUACCUCCGCACUUCACGGGAGCUGAAACGGCUUGACAGCGUCAGCCGUAGUCCGAUCUACGCCCACUUUCAGGAGUCGUUGGGUGGUGUCUCCACCAUCCGUGCAUAUCGCCAGGAGAGGAGAUUCACCUUGGAGAACGAGUGGCGCAUGGACGCCAACCUGCGAGCAUAUUUUCCCUCGGUUAGUGCCAAUCGUUGGUUGGCCGUCCGCUUGGAAUUCAUCGGAUCUGUCAUUAUCCUUGCAGCAGCCGUUUUUGCUAUCAUCUCGGUGACAACUGGAAGUGGCCUGUCGGCCGGCAUGGUGGGCCUCGCGAUGUCAUAUGCCCUGCAGAUCACACAGUCCCUAAACUGGAUUGUCCGCCAGACGGUGGAAGUGGAGACUAACAUCGUGUCGGUUGAAAGAGUCUUGGAAUAUGCGAACUUACCGAGCGAAGCUCCUGAUGUCAUCUUCAAGAGCCGACCGAGCAUUGGAUGGCCUGCACACGGGCAGAUCACCUUUAAGAAUUAUUCUACACGAUACCGGGAAGGCCUGGAUCCCGUGUUGAAGGAUAUCAACCUAAACAUCAAGGCUCAUGAAAAGAUCGGGGUGGUUGGGCGCACAGGAGCCGGGAAGAGUUCCUUGACUCUGGCGCUUUUCAGGAUAAUCGAACCGAUUUCUGGCUCUAUUAGCAUCGACGGGCUUAACACUUCAUCGAUCGGCUUGCUAGAUCUGCGGCGACGGCUGGCAAUCAUCCCUCAAGAUGCCGCUUUAUUCGAAGGCACGAUUCGUGACAAUCUAGACCCGCGUCAUGUGCAUGAUGACACUGAACUGUGGAGUGUGCUUGAACAUGCUCGUCUGAAGGAGCAUGUCUCGGAGAUGCCUGGCCAAUUGGAAGCUGCAGUUCUCGAAGGUGGCUCCAAUUUAAGCCAAGGCCAGCGCCAGUUGGUAUCUCUAGCGCGUGCGCUGCUCACACCCAGCAACAUCCUAGUCCUUGAUGAGGCAACAGCGGCGGUUGAUGUGGAGACGGACAAAAUGCUCCAGGCCACGCUCCGAAGCAAUAUCUUCCAGAAUCGCACCAUAAUCACCAUUGCGCAUCGCAUCAACACCAUUCUGGACUCUGAUCGUAUAGUAGUGUUGCAGCAAGGGCGGGUAGCAGAGUUUGACACCCCAGAGGAACUGAUCAAGAAGCGGGGCCUAUUUUAUGAGCUGGUGCGUGAAGCUGGAUUGCUCGAUGGGUUCGGCAAUGGUACAGCGGGCCCGGACCAGCACUAG